AUAGUGUUUGAUUUAGAAUUCAGAACGACCUAUACAUGGAUGCUAUCAUAUUACAACGAACUAUAUUAAAAACUGAUAAAAUGUAAUUUGAUUAAUAAUUAUCUGAUGUACAGAUAAAAUUUCACUUCAAAUAUCCAAGUCCAUCAGAGUGUCUCCUUGUACACAGUUCAAGGUACCUUUACACCACAGCACUCUCUGAAAAUGGAUGUUUUCUAUUAUACCGCCUACUAUACAGGCUUACUUCUAGCGCCUAUCGUAGUAUAUUUCGUAUUUUUCAGAAAAAAUGAUGGACGGAGCUUAUACAGUGAGAGAGACUGGUUUUAUACAAUCAAACUAUAUGCAGCCAAAAAGCGAGUACAAAAGUAUCAAGAUAAGUACAGAGACUUUGCAAAGCGAUUGGGAAGAAAACUAGAAAACGAAAUUCAGAUCCCAACAAAUAUAGAGCAAACAAUCAGCCAAAGUUUCAAUGGAGUGGAUCAAGUUGGCAAUAGCAUCUCUUUGAAACUCGUCAUAGGCAUUGAUAAAAUAGCCGAAGCUAGAUUACUUCUCCGUCUAGCAGAUGGUAACUCUUACGUUUUUCCAGGUGAAGAAGGUACCAUCCAAACGAAUUUAUCUAAAGGACAAUGGAAAAUUGGCGGUGUAAACAUAGAAAUCCUAGAGGAUUUUCAAAGAUUGAGAAUCACAUUCAAUGGACUUCUGAGGAACUUAUCUUCAAUAAAGUCGGAUAUCGAGCACGUCCAAUUCAAUUUUAUAUUUACAGCAUGUGAAUCACCCAGUUACAUUCCACAAGACAUUGACAAAACUGCACUGGCAGAUGCGUUAGCUAGAGAGACAUGGAGAGAUGGAUCAUGGGUAGAAAAUCUUGUUGAUCAAUGGGGCUUCGAUCAGUUUGGAGCAAUGAAAGGUUUUAUAAAAGGAGAUUCCUACCCAGAGGAAUACGUUUUGAAUUUGCCAGCAUUCAGAACAAACUACAGAGGCAUCGAUGAUAGAUUUCUGAAUGACAGAGCUGUGAGGAUAUUUAUCGUGGAUACAUAUGGAAAUUUGUUGAACUUGGUUAUGAAAUCGAUCAAGAAUGGAUGUUCACAGGUCAAUUACGGUUUUGCGUUUCUGAGCAACCAUGAGAGAUCUGCUAUAACAGACACAGACAUCCAAUUGAAGACAAUGGGGGAAAACAAAAUCCUUCCCAGUGUAAUCUCUGCUCUGAUAAAGACUAAAAGAAAAGAUUUCCGGGCUGUUAUACAUUUGAACACCGACAGGGUUUGGCGAUCAGGAAUAAAUACGAAGUACGGUUACGAAAGUAAACUGGUACCAGCAGAGUGUAAUCUGAAUUUGAAUCGAGGUAAAGUUAUGGUGGAAUUCUGGUACAGUAAAAAAGGGGAUAGAAUCUUCAUUCCAGAGAGAAGAUUAUGUGAAAAGACAGUUGAAACGCUGCCAAGCACUCUUGUGACAAACAUAAAAAGCGGAGAUUCUGAAAUCUUAGAUAUAACUGGUGGAAAAGGCAAUUCUUUGGCAUUAAUGGCUUCCAUGAAUUCAAAAGAUUUCAUUGUUCCUGAAGGUUUUAUCCUAACAGUGAAUGCUUAUCAACUUCAACUGAAUUCUAAACCAGUUUUAGUCAAAUCUAUUGAAUUUCUAAAUGACAUAUGCUGUGGUAAAAUGGAGGGCAGACUAGAGGAAGCCUGCAAAGAGACCGUAAGCUAUUUCAAAGAAACUCACAUUUGUCCUGAAAUCGUCGAAGCAAUAACGGAAGAACUGAGCAAAUACUCUAACGUUGAAGAUCACAUCGGCUGGGCUGUCAGAUCUUCCGCAAUCGGUGAAGAUUCAGAAGAACUGUCAGCAGCUGGACAAAACGAAACUUUCCUAGGAUGCCAAAGCACAACGCAAAUCUUGGAAUCCAUUUCAGCCUGCUGGGCUUCUUUAUACACAUAUCAAAGCGUCCUUUACAGAUGGCAGCAUGGCCUUCCUGUAAGGGCAGAUAUGGCCGUGGUCGUACAAAAAAUGGUAGCAGCCGAAUGUGCUGGGGUUCUUUUCACCUGUCAUCCCUCCACUUCGAAUCCUCGCGAGAUGAUUAUAACCUCAAAUUUCGGUCUCGGAGAGACUGUCGUGUCUGGAAAUAGUGAUCCUGACACGUUCAUUCUGAACAGAACCUGGGACAACACAAUUUCCUUAAAGCAUAAAAGCAUUGGCAAUAAAAAUGUAGUUUUAACUAUGACGUCAGAAGGUGUAAAGGAAACGAGUAUGAACAAUGAUAAUGAGAGAUGGAGUCUCUCAGACGAACAAGCUAUACGAUUAGGAAAGAUCGGUGUUCAACUGGAAAAAAUUUUUGGAAACCACAGAGAUAUCGAAUGGGCAUUUUAUAAGGACCAGCUGUAUCUGUUACAAUCCCGUCCUAUUACGACUCUGAACGCGUGGACCGAUUUUGAACUCGGUCACGAAAUGGAUUCACCGAUCCUAACUGAUAAAUCCAUAGCGACUUUUGGGAACAUAAGAGAGGUCAUCCCCAACGCUACCACGGUCCUAUCUUAUUCCAGUUCUAUACGAGUUAUGGAUGAAUGCAUUCAAAAAUUUCCUCAGUUGAAUUACGAUCCGAUGGCAAGAAAAGGAUUAAUUACGUUCAAACACAACGUUAUGAUGGACUUCGUAAUGUCAGUCCAUAAGAAUGUAUCACCUAAACCAAUAAUGAGUUCAUUAAUACUGGAUUUGGCGAUAUUUGGACACCCAGUAUUGAAUGAAGAAAUCAAUGAACUAUUAGUAAAUCGAUUGGGAAUCACUCCCGCUCUGAAAAAGCUGAAAGAAACAUGGGGAAUAAUCGGAUUAGCUCGAAAACUGAAACUGAUAGUGCAACAAGCUCAGAGUUUGACGAAAGAACUGAAUUACAAUUCGAGAGAAAAUGCAGCACUGUCAGAAAUUGUGGAAAAUAUUUUCAGCACCUUUGGUACUUUGGUUGAAAUAGCAUUAUGUCAUUCUGGAACGAGCACUGUGUCUGUUUUUUAUCAAAUUGUUUUGAUGAAUAUCAUGUUAGAAGGACAGGAAGAGUUUGGAACAGAUCAUAUUUCUGAUUUUGCACUAAUCUUGUCUUCAUGUGAGGAUGUGAUAUCUGCAGAGAUACCGAAAAAUCUUGAGGAAAUAGCCAAGGAAAUUAAAAAUCAAGGAAACUCAGAAGAGUUCUGUACUAUGAAGAAGGAAUUGGGAAUUGAUUGGAUUGAGAAAAAUUGCCCUGCAGCCAACAAAUUAUUACAAAUUUUUUUGAAAAAUCAUGGCCACAGAAGUUUGGGAGAGUUCGAGGUUAUCACAGAAUCUUGGGCAGAGAAUCCAUCAGCACUCAUACCCAUGAUUCAGUCAAAUAUAAAACACGGAAGGAACGUUGAAAAAGUAAAAAUGUCUUUGGAUGACGUCCUCGCCAAUCUUACUUCACCAAAAAAGAGCUCUACAAGGUACAUCAUCAAGUUUCUGAUAAAUAAAUUGAGGGUGGCUGUAGGUUGUCGAGAACAAACCAAAUCAGAACUUGUAAGAGGAUUUGAUAAAUUGAGAAUGGCUUAUAGACAUCUGAGCCAGAGAAUGGUAUCAGAAGGUCUGCUACCAUCCAAGGACCUUAUCUACCAUCUGACACAUGAGGAAAUUCAGAAAAUUAUUCAAAAAAGGGAUCCAGUACUUAUAAACAAAGCAAUAAGAAGACAAAAAUUAUACACAAAAUGGAACAGUUUGAAAUUCCCUGAAAUCAUGUAUGGCAUUCCUGCUCCAGAACCAGAAUCAGAAACUGGUUUUCAAAUAAAUCCUUUGACAAAAAAAUGUAAAGGAACUCCAGUGUGCACAGGAGUGGUACAAGCAAGGGCAUGUGUAAUAAACAGUUUGCAGGAAAUUGGUCAACUUCAAACAGGUGACAUUCUGAUAACUUAUAGUACAGACAUUGGUUGGUCACCAUAUUUUCCAAUGCUUUCUGGUAUAGUUACAGAAUUAGGUGGUUUAAUAUCUCAUGGAGCUGUUGUGGCUAGAGAAUAUGGAUUACCCUGUAUAGUAGGAGUGCAGAAUGCAACAAAGUAUUUCACAACAGGUGAAAUUCUAGUACUGAAUGGAAAAACAGGAGAAUUAGGAAAAUUGUGAUAAAGGCUCAGAUAUACCUAGGAAUGAUGGCAAACAAUGUUCCAUUCCUACCUAGCCCCACGUUCAGUCCUGGAUGGAAACGCAAAUGGCGCUGUAAUGCCAGUAUUCUUCCGGCUUGUACAUAGAAACCGUCCUGUACUUUCCAUCCCCUAUGCUUUGGUCUGACUUUGGGACUGGUGUUUUUGGUACUUCCACUGGUCUUUUUACUGGCGAAUCUGAGACUGUUUUGGAAGAUUUUAGAUGUCUCCAAGAGACAGUUUUUCACUGAUGAUACUGCGAAAUUCAUCAUUUAAUCCAAAUAAUUGAAAUAAGUGUAUGAAAAAUCAAAUAUAUCAUA